CAGGUAUUGUAAUAACUAGUAGUAAUGUGUCUUUAUAUUCUGCAUAUAGCUCCUGUUCUUUUUUGGCUUUUUAACGCAGGUCACUCACUUGGGGAUUUAGAUGGAAUUCCCAUUGCAGUAAAAGACAACUUUAGCACUUCCGGCAUUGAGACAACAUGUGCAUCAAACAUGCUGAAAGGUUGUGUACCACCUUAUAAUGCUACAGUUGUUCAGAAGUUGUUGGAUCAGGGAGCUAUCCUGAUGGGAAAAACAAAUUUAGAUGAGUUUGCAAUGGGAUCUGGAAGCACAGAUGGUGUAUUCGGACCAGUUAAAAACCCCUGGAGUUAUUCAAAACAAUACAGAGAAAAGAGGAAGCAGAAGCCCCACGGUGAGAAGGAGGAUUCGAACUGGCUUAUAACUGGAGGAAGCUCAGGAGGGAGUGCGGCGGCGGUAGCAGCGUUCACAUGCUUUGCGGCUUUGGGAUCAGAUACAGGAGGAUCGACCAGAAAUCCAGCUGCGCACUGUGGGGUUGUUGGUUUCAAACCAAGCUAUGGCUUAGUUUCUCGUCACGGCCUCAUUCCCCUGGUGAACUCAAUGGAUGUGCCAGGAAUCUUAACCAGAUGUGUGGAUGAUGCAGCACUCGUGUUGGGUGUGCUGGCUGGCCAUGACCCCAAAGAUUCUACCACAGUACAAGAUCCUGUUAAACCAUUUACACUUCCCACUUUGACAGAUGUGAGCAAACUAUGUAUAGGAAUUCCGAAGGAAUAUCUUGCACCAGAAUUAUCAAGUGAAGUGCGAUCUUUUUGGUCCAAAGCUGCUGACCUCUUUGAGUCUGAGGGGGCCAAAGUAAUUGAAGUGUCCCUGCCCCAUACCAGUUACUCAAUUGUCUGCUACCAUGUAUUGUGUACAUCGGAAGUGGCAUCAAAUAUGGCAAGAUUUGACGGGCUAGAAUAUGGUCACAGGUGUGACAUUGAUGUGUCUACUGAAGCCAUGUAUGCUGCAACCAGGCGAGAAGGGUUUAAUGAUGUGGUGAGAGGAAGAAUUCUCUCAGGAAAUUUUUUCUUAUUAAAAGAAAACUAUGAGAAUUAUUUCAUUAAGGCACAGAAAGUGAGACGACUCAUUGCUAAUGAUUUUGUGAAUGUUUUUAACUCUGGAGUGGAUGUCUUACUGACUCCCACCACGUUGAGUGAGGCAGUACCAUACCUGGAAUUCAUUAAAGAAGACAACAGGACACGAAGCGCCCAGGAUGAUAUUUUUACACAGGCUGUAAAUAUGGCAGGAUUGCCGGCAGUGAGUGUCCCUGUGGCCCUCUCAAACCAAGGAUUGCCAAUAGGACUACAGUUUAUUGGACGUGCAUUUCGUGACCAGCAGCUUCUUACAAUUGCCAAGUGGUUUGAAAAACAAGUACAGUUUCCUGUUAUUCAACUUCAAGAACUAAUGGAUGAUUGUUCAUCAGUCUUUGAAAUUGAGAAGUUAGGUUCUGUUUCUCUAAAACAGUAGUGAUAAAUAUAGCAUGCAAAUUAAAAUAACUUGAAGAUUUUCUAUUCAAGAGAUGUCCAUGAUCCUGCUAAAUUCCUGUAAUUUGGGUCAUUGUCAACACAAUCGUUCCUUGGAAUCACUUUUUAAAACUCUUGUGAUACAGUUAAUUAAUUAUAAAUCAUCUGUCAGCAUUUAUGAAGUACCCACUAAGUGUACAGUACAAGAUUUUUACGUUAGCACAGACACAUGUUCCUGGAAGAUGACGCAUUCUGCAAAAAUGUUCAUUAGUAAGAACAGAGCUUAGAGUAAAACUGAGCUUAGGGAUAAGCCUCUCAGAACUUGUACAUCUUUGUAACCAAAGUGCUAAUAAAAGCUGUAAUUUGUACCUCCAGAGAGAAGCUGAACAGCCAGGCAGAUAGGCAAUUCAAAUAUAGUGGAGGCUGGCUCAGGGGGUGUUAAAAACGCACAAACACAAUAAAAUGGGAAUAUUUGCAUCUGAGUGCCGAACAAAGGGGGUAGAAGAGGAGCUCUGAGCGCUGGAGGAAGUGCCACCUGCUGGGGCCCGGAGUCAUGCAAGACGGGGGUGUGCCUCCCUGGGGAAGAGCCCAGGUGCAGAUGCUCUUGAUUUCUCUAAAAAUAGAGCUGCAAUGACUGAAAACUUUCUCCUGUUUUGCUAAAGGUGAAAAUUUGACUUCUGCCAUCCCAGAACCCCAUGCCAAGGAACCAGAACAAUUCCGUGUGACUUCAUUUUCCUAGUUACCAAUCACAAAUGAACUUGCUGGUUUCAUAGAAACAUCUGUUGUAACCUAAGAGACCAUAUUGGACCUGAAACUUGGGAGAUAGUGGAGCAUGAUUUUAGGGAGGAAGUUUCAAGAUAUACAAGUAUAUCUAGUAUGAAAAACUGGUAGAUAAUUUGGUAAGGAUGCCAAAGAUAAGAGGCCCAUAGCCUUCCUCCCGUACCCCAGAUUCUCUAUUCCUCAUGUUUCCUUACUCCCUUAGCUUUCUCUACAAGUGCUCUUUUUGGGUCCCUUGAGCCCAAAGAGACAUUAACAAGAAUCUGUAUUCAAUGUGAAAAAAAGAUAAAAAUCAUAGAUGUACCCACUACAAAGUUUUAUCAUUGGACUUGUCUUUGCCAGAACACCGCUGUCCUCUCCUGUUGAUCAGGUCUUCUAAUUGGGCACUUACAUAUUACUGAUAAGUAUAAGUAGGAAGCCGAAUUAUUAUUUGAUAG